GGUGUCUUGAACGCGGGGCAGAGUCAGAGUGACGCAGCAUAACUUGUGGCUCAUUUAUACCCACGAUCGCGUGUCAACAGGUCUUAUUUCAGAGUUAAAGCUCCGUUAUCGGUCAUGGCGCACAACAUGAUGCUGUACUGGGGCUCCGGUUCUCCUCCGUGCUGGAGAGUCAUGAUCGCUCUGGAGGAGAAGAUGCUGCAGGGAUACAAACACAAGCUUCUGUCGUUUGAGAAGAACGAGCACAAGUGUGAAGAAGUGAAAGCUCUCAACCCCAGAGCUCAGGUUCCGACUUUCAAACACGGAGAUAUCGUCGUGAACGAGUCGUUCGCCGCGUGCCUUUAUCUGGAGAGCACGUUUAAGUCUCAAGGCACCCGUCUGAUCCCAGACGACCCGGCCGAACAAGCGCUCGUCUAUCAGCGAGUAUUUGAGACCAACAACCUGCAGCAGAAGAUGUAUGAAGUGGCUUUCUACGGGAUGUAUGUUCCUGAAGGAGAGAGAAACGAAUCGGCUCUGAAGAGGAAUAAAGAGAAUUUAAUCGCCGAGCUCAAGCUGUGGGACGGAUACCUGGAGAAGAUGGGUAAAGGCUCGUUCCUCGCCGGUAAGAACUUCACCAUGGCUGAUGUGGUUUGUUUCCCCGUCAUCGCGUAUUUCCCACGACUUCACUGUCCUCCAGAGCGGUGUCCUAGACUGAUGGAGUACUACGAGAUGAUAAAAGACCGUCCCAGCAUUAAAGCCAGCUGGCCUCCUCAUUGGCUGGAGAAACCUGAGGGUCAAGACAUGCUUAAGAACCUGUGAAGAAUGUCCGAAACAGACCAGCAACAUAAAAACCACAUUCCUAAUGUUUCAUGUCCCUGUAUUAAAUCACGGAAUCACAGUUUAAUUGUCAUCUUUAAUCUUCAAUCUUUCUUUGUGAACUAAUUUUUUAAUAUAAAGUUGAUUAUUGUUGUAUUAACAUGAACACUUCUAUUGCUGUUUGGUGUUAUAAAGUUCUAUCCUUUUCAUUCCAAAUAAAAACAUAUUUACUCUGUUUUA